AUGCGGAAAGGAGUCUAUCUCAGCAAAAGAGCGGCCGUCGCCUUGGCGUUUGUUGGCAUCGCCGCCGCCGCCACCAUCAUCGCCUUGUCUGCGGUCUACACUCAGGAGAGGUCUUCCACUACAACCAGCACCUCCACCAGCUCCCCACCUCCUGGUCAUCAGGAUCCCUGGCAUGACCACAGACUGCCCACCUCACUCCUCCCCGUCUUCUACAACCUCACCCUGUGGCCUCGGCUGGAGCCCCGAGCGGACGGCCUCUUCUUCUUCACCGGGAACUCCUCAGUGGUCUUCGACUGCGUCAACAACACGGAACUCAUCCUCCUCCACUCCAACAAGCUCAAUAUGACCAGCUUUGGGCUGCGGGGUCUCGGCGGAGUGUCGGCACCCGGCCUGAGGAAGACCUGGUUGGAGGAGCGCACCCAGUACCUGGUGGUCCAACUGAGCGGCGAGCUGCAGGCCGGCAGCACGUACGAGCUCCACACCGAGUUUGCGGGGGAGCUGGCGGACGACCUCAGAGGCUUCUACAGGAGCGAGUACGAGGAGGGAGGAGAGAAUAAGGUGUUGGCCACCUCUCAGAUGCAGCCCACGUACGCCAGGAAGGUUUUCCCGUGCUUCGACGAGCCCGCCAUGAAGGCGGUUUUCCAAAUAACACUCAUCCACCCCCCAGAGACCGUGGCCCUGUCCAACGGCAUGAACCACGAGCCCGUCAACGUCACCGUGGACGGUCAGCCGUGGGUCCGCACCGGCUUCGAACCCACGGAGAAAAUGUCCACCUACUUGCUGGCCUUCGUUGUGUGCCAGUUUGGGUACGAAGAAUCUCAACAAGGAGUAGACGUUCUGAUCAGGAUCUGGGCCCGCAGACAGGCCAUAGAGGCGGGUAAGGGGGCCUACGCUCUGGCCAAGACCGGACCGAUCCUGGCGUACUUUGAACGCUACUACAACUCACGCUACCCUCUGGAGAAGUCUGACCAGAUCGCUUUACCUGACUUAAAUACCGCAGGCAUGGAGAACUGGGGCCUGAUCACCUACAACGAGAACGCCCUUCUGUACAACCCUCGCCUGCCCUCCAAUGGCGACCGAGAGUAUGUGGCCACCGUCAUCUCCCACGAGCUGGCUCACAUGUGGUUUGGGAACUUGGUGACCAUGCGCUGGUGGAACGACUUGUGGCUCAAUGAAGGAUUCGCCACCUACGUGUCCUACCUGGGGGUCCACUAUGCAGAACCCACCUGGAACAUAAAAGACUUAAUAGUCCUGAAUGAGGUCAUUGGCGUGAUGGCGGAGGACUCCAUGGCCUCGUCCCACCCUCUCUCGUUGAAGGAGGAGGACGUGCAGGAGCCGGAGCAGAUCGAUCAACUCUUCGACGGCAUCACGUACAGCAAGGGCGCCGCCGUCCUCAGGAUGCUGUCGGAGUUCAUCACAGAGGAAGUCUUCUCCAAAGGACUGCAUACGUACUUGGAGGAGUUCAAGUACAAGAACACAGUCAAUGCAGACCUCUGGAAGCACCUGCAAAUGGCGGUAGAGAAAGCCGGCCUGACUCUGCCUCACUCAGUGGAGGCCAUCAUGAAUCGCUGGAUCCUCCAGAUGGGCUUCCCUGUGGUCACCAUCGACACCCAGACCGGGACUCUCUUCCAGGGACACUUCUUGUUGGACCCCGACACGGAGGUGAAGAGACCUUCGGAGUUCAAUUACGAGUGGUUUGUUCCCGUUACGUGGAUGAAAAAUGGCGAGGUUGCUAGCCAGUACUGGCUUCUCAAUAAGAGCGACACAAACCCGGCCAUGGCUCUGGGUCCUGAUGAGUGGCUGCUGGCCAACAUCAACAUGGUGGGCUUCUACAGGGUCAACUACGACGCUCACAACUGGGAGCGCCUCCUGGCCAAGCUGGACUCGCAGCAUCAGGACAUUCCAGUCAUCAACCGAGCGCAGAUAAUCGAUGAUGCUUUCAACCUGGCCAGAGCCAAGAUGGUGGACCUGACUCUGGCUCUCAGCACCACCAGGUUCCUUCAUAGAGAAGUGGAGUACAUGCCCUGGCAGGUGGCUCUGAAACACCUGCAACACUUCCACCUCAGGUUGGACCGCACUGACGCCUUUGGACCCAUGCAGGCUUACAUGAAGAAACAAGUCACUCCCUUGUUCAAGUACUUCCAAGAGUUGACUGCGAACUGGACCAAGACCCCUGACAAGCACACUGACCAGUACAACCAGGUGAACGCCAUCUCCAUGGCCUGCAGCGCGGGAGUCCAAGGCUGCCGAGAUCUGGUCACCGGCUGGUUCUCCGACUGGAUGAAGAACUCCACAAAGACGAUCAGUCCCGACCUGAGGGCGGUGGUGUACUGCAGCGCCAUAGCAGCAGGCGGAGUGGAGGAGUGGGACUUUGCCUGGGCCAAGUUCAAGAACGCCGCCAUCGCCUCGGAGGCGAAGAAGCUCAUGUCGGCUCUGGCCUGCACCAAGCAACCCCAGCUGCUCAACAGGUUUUUGGAGUACUCUCUGGACACGGAGAAGAUCCCCGAGCAGCUCGCCGACUUCGUCAUCACUCACGUUGCCGCUAACGCCAUUGGCCUACCGCUGGCCUGGUCCUUUGUCCUAAGGAACUGGGACCACUUGGAAAAUGAAUCUUUCUUCUCCCUGGAGGGAGUGACCCGACGCUUCUCCACGGAGUUUGAGUACCAGCAGCUGCUGGACUUCAAGGAGGAAAACGGCGCCAAAUGGGAUGUGACGUACGCGCUGGAGAGGACCAAGUCCAAGAUGAAGUGGGUGGCCGAGAACCGGGAACAAGUCCGCGACUGGUUCGCCGGGGAAACCUCAAAUUCGGCGGAGUCUCACAGGCCACAACAUUAGGUACACCGAAUCAGUAAUCAUGUUUAUAUGACGGCACAAUGUUUGUAACAAAUGCCGCUUGAUCAAUUUAAAUAAUUUUGUACAUUUCAACUAAUAACACUUUGGUACA